GUUUGACAAUGACGGACCGGGUCGAUCCCAGUACGGCGCCAGGACAGGACAUGACCCACGACGUGUUGACGCUGUAUGGUGGCCACAACCCAAUGCCCCUCGCUAAGCUCAACGAACCGCGGCCAAUCGAGUCGGACAGCGACGACGACGAGCUCGUGAACGCGCGUUUGUGGCGCACCGCCACCGACGCCAAACUGCAAGCAUCGACAGCGGUGGCAUACACGGCCAUCACUGUCGCCGACGACGCUGCCCGUGCGCACAUUGAGCACCAAGCGUCGCUCGAAGCCGACCGCUUGGCGGCGGAUGUCACCGCUGCCCGCGCCUCGAUCGACCUGCAGCUGACCGAAACGCAGGCGUCGCGACGCGAGAAGGAGGCUGUGCUGCAUGCCAAGGUUGCCGAUGCACACGCCAAGGUCGCCGAGGCCGAAGCCGUCGCACGCCGGCGCAUCGAAGACCAAGCGUGCCUCGACGAAGCGUCGCGAAAGGCAGAAGAAGAGGCCGAGCUCGCGGCUUUCCGAGCCCAGUUGGAUGCAACGCGGGAGGCGCGGCGUGAAGCGGCCGAGCGCCACGAUCAAAAGGUUCUCGAGGCAGUGCUCGCUGCGUCAUUGUACGAGUACAACGAGCACCAGCGUAUCGAGAAACAGCUUCACGACGCCGAGGCCGAGAUCGAGCGCACGCGAACGUUGAACCAAGCAGAGCUCGACCGCAUCCGAGCGCACGCGGCAGCAGCCAAGCAAGCCUCGCGCGACGCUGUCGCUGCAUCGCAGGCCAAGGCCCAGCGGCUCGCCGACGAGGCGGUCAAGGCGGUCCAUACAUACCAGGAAACCGAGGUCCACCGCCAAGAGGCCCUUUUACACUUGAGCACGCAAGAGUCGGAGCGCGAGAUGGAAGCGCAGCUCCACGCACUGCACAUGCGCCAGGAAGCCGCGACGCUUCGGCGCAUCGAGAGUGAACGCAUGGCGCACGCCGCGCAAGCACGCGCAGCGCAGCUCCGCGACGAAGCGAUCGCCAAGGUCAAGCAAGUGCGUGAGCUCUCCAAGCAAAAAGUGACGUCCGACCUUCUCCACGAAGACGAGCUUCGCGACCUCCAGUACCAAACGCAGCUCCAAGCCCUCUCGCUCGAGAAGGCGCAGGCGACGCAGCGACGGAUCGAGCGGGAGCACGCGGCCGAAGCAGCCCAGGCGCGUGCUGUCCAGCUGCGCAACGACGCGGUCGCCAAAGCGCGUCAAGUCCGGGCGAUGAGCAAGCAACAGAUUGGGCUCGAGCUCGAGCGCGAAGAGAGCCUCCGCGAGCUUACGUACGAGACCCAAGUAUCACGUCUGCAAGCUGAGAAGGACGCAGCAACGCGGCAUCGCAUCGAGGCUGAGGAAAGAGCCGCGAGUGCGAAGGCCCGCGCCGCGUCCCUUCAGAGCCAGGCCAUGGCAGCAGCGACCAAGGCCCGCGCCGGCUCCGCCCCUUUGCUUUACGCGGACCAGAGUCGACAGCCGGCAGCCGUCCCAAACACUCUCGUGUCGCCCCACACAGCUGUGGACGAGCCACGACCGGUCGUUGCGGAUCACGCGCCUCGACCUGCCGUGGAGCUGGCUGCAAGGCCCGUGUCGGUGCGGCCAUCGUCGCUCGCCUCCACGGACGUGACGAUCGAUACGACUGCGGUGCCCGAGAGUACGACGGUACCAGCCACCGUGCCGGACCGACGACGACGAAGUCGCGACGCCAAGCAAAAGUCCAAGGACAAAAAGUGCGCCAUUAUGUAGUAACCCUAAACACGUUUAUGUAUUAUUGUCUCGUCG